AUGAGCCAGGGUCUCCCUUCCGCUCGCCAGAACGCGACCGCGAUGACCGACGCCGAGACUUGCCUCCGCACGAUUCUCGGGGGUACAGUCCAGACCGGCACUACGAGGGCCGAAGGGAUUACGAUGAUCGUUGGGCCGACGACUAUGCGUCCUAGACUGCGAUCUCCUUCCCCUAGCAGGUGGCCUGACCCGGCGUCGCUUGAGUACCUCUUGAACUUCAAGCAGUUCGCGGAAUGGUUCCGGCACUCUCAUCCCAAGACUGCGCGCGAGGACGACGAGGACUUGCGGCAGAUUCGCGUUGGUGUGGAGACUGGCGCGUUACCGGAGUCUGUCCUCAUCGAGAAGCAUGGCAUGGCCAAGCGCUACGAGCGGUACCGGAAAGAGUACACUUCGCGACAGGCUUGGUUCAAGGAGCGGUACUCCCCGAAUGAGGAGGCGCGUGCUCUCCGAAGACGGGUUAACCGUCAAGGUCGUGUUCCUACUGUCCUGCAGUAUAUCAACGAGCUGAGAGACGGAAAGUGGGACGACGUUGAUUUCGACCAAAAGGAAGAUCAGAAGCCCCCGACAGAGGAGCCUGAAGGAUUGGACCGCGCAUUGGGAGAUGAUGCCUACGACCCUCUUCGCAUCGAAGUGCCGCCGCGACCUGGACAGGUCUUCGUCAAGACGGUUCCGCCUUCGACGCGUCGCGUCGACCUCGAGGGAGUAUUCGCGAAGCACCCCGGUUUCCAGUGGCUGGCUCUUUCGGACCCCUCGGCGAAGCGCGGCUUCCACCGCGUUGGCUGGGCGCAGUACGAGGAGGGCGUGAGUGUCGAAGAGGCUGUGAAUACCAUCGACUCGUCAAAGAUUGACAACUUUACGUUCCACAUGGGCGUCAAUGCCACGCCUAUUGUCGGACGUAUCCGUGUGGCCCCGUCGCUCACGGGCAACCUUAAGCGAUUGGAGCAGGAUCUUUCGUACGCCCGUGAACUGGCUCGUACACUUGAGGACGAGCUCAUGGAGGAGACGUCCCCCGCUCCUGAAGACGGUGACGCCGAGAAGCCCGAGGGCGACGCUGAGAGUGCGCCCAAGGACACCACACCUGGAUUGAGGGAGAGGGGAAGUGAGGUUGUUGAGGAUGUCAUCGCCAGGCUGCUGGCGAGCUCGGGACUCGACGGCGAGGACCUGGACGAGGAGCAAGCGAUUCGCAAGAUCUCGCUCGACCAGUACAUUGCUUACCUCCGUCACGGUCUGAGCACCUGCUACUACUGCGUUGUGCCGACGUCGUUCCCUGAAGAGCUGCACCGCAAAUGUGUCGGUCACAUUCGCGCUCGUGCCGACGAGGGAGAGGGCGAAAAUGGCCAUGACCGCGACCGCGACGAACGUGACAGGUCCGAGACCAAGAACGACGACGAACAGGACAACCACGACAACCACGAGGGCGACGAUCGUGACAGGAGGGAAGGACCGACCAGCAAGCGUUACACUUUCCCUACAAAGAGCAACGAUGAGCGUUGGAUCGAGACUUUGGACCUGAAGGUGCGGUCUCUCAUUGAGGACGUUAAUGUCGCCGAUUAUGGAGGCCGGGACCUGGAGGAUGAGACGAAGCGACUGACUGCUCCUCACAUCAAGCAGGAGGAGGCGGACAAGUAUCGCUGCAAGCAGUGCACCAAGCUCUUCCGCGCGCCAGAGUUUGUCAUCAAACACAUGGCCACCAAGCAUCCCGAGCUUACUAAGGACAAGCUGGAGGAUCUUGCUGUGUUCAAUGCCUUCUGUCUUGACCCUCAACACCUGCAGCCUUCGAGCACCACCCCUGCUGCCAUCGAUGACCAGUUGCCUUUGGCUCCUGGAACUCUGCCUGCGUUCAAUCCUGCCAAGGCCGCCCAGGCGAUGUUCAACCAAUCUGGCUCGCAGAGCGGCGGUUUCAACAUGGCCAUGCAGCAGCAGAUGAUGAUGAUGAUGCAGAUGCAGAUGAUGAUGCAGGGGGGUCAAGGCAGCAGCAGCAGCAUGCCUGGGGGACCAAGCUUUGGCGGCGUCGCGGCUCCCAGUGGUGCCAAAGCUAGCCGCGACUUUGACCCAGCAUCGCUGCCUCCUGCGCCCCCCGGCGGAGAGGACCCUCGUGCGAGGAGAGGUCGUGUUAGCUACCACGAUCUGGAUGAGCCGGGAGCUGGAGGUGACGGAGGUCUUCCUUACUAG